ACAAAAGAAUACUGGAAUGCAACAUGGAUAUUGAAGGGCACAAUGAAGAAGACAAUGCUACUGAAAGUGAAGAAGAAGAACAGUCUGAGCAAAAGAAAAGAGCAUCAAAAAGAAAGAAAAAUGAAACCGAGGAAGAGGAUGAUGAUGAAGAAGAGACGGCUGCAGAACGCAGGAGAAGAUAUAGGAGACGUCGGAGGAAAGAUGGAAAUGAAAGCAGUGAAUCCGAGGGGGAAGCCCACAAGACCAGGAAGAACAGAGAAAAUCAGAAGAUUAGGGAUGAGUCCAGGGAUGAUGGUGACGAUGAAGAGAAUGAGGACAAAAGAAGCAAGGAGAAGAAGAAGGAGAAAAAGAAAAAGAAAAACCAAGAUAAGAAGAAAAAAGAAUCAAGCUCAGAUUCUACUUCUGAAGAGGAAAUGACAGAGGAGGAACUGGACAAGUUGAAAGAAGCUGUGGAAGAAAAGAAGAAGCUGAUUUCCACUUUGCGAAACAAGUCUUGGAAUAUGAAAAAGAAACUGAAAAUCUUGAAAGAUGCCCAGCGUUUUGUGGAAAAAUUUGAAGGGGCUCUCGGGAAAGGCAAAGGAAAGAAGUUUUACGCAUAUAAAGUGAUGAUGAUGAAAAAAUGGAUGAAAUUUCAGCGUGAUUUUGAUAAUUUUAAAACCGCCUGCAUACCAUGGGAAAUGAAAAUAAAAGAAAUUGAAAGUCAUUUUGGCUCCUCAGUUGCAUCUUACUUCAUAUUUUUGCGAUGGAUGUAUGGAAUAAAUAUAGUUCUGUUUGGGCUGACCUUUGGUCUUGUCAUGGUGCCUGAGGCAUUGAUGGGAAAGGCAUAUGGGUCUUUGCCUAGAAAAACUGUGCCAAGAGCAGAGGAAGCAAGUGCUAUGAACUUUGCCACGUUGUGGGAUUUCAGUGGCUUUGCACAAUAUUCUGUGCUUUUCUACGGCUAUUACAAUAACCAGAGAACAAUUGGGUGGCUGAAAUUCCGAAUGCCUCUUUCAUAUUUUUUGGUUGGUGUUGGGACCAUCGCUUAUAGUUUCAUGGUGGUCAUUCGCACAAUGGCAAAGAAUGCACAUAAUGAUGGUGGGGGAGAUGAUACAAGUUUUAACUUUAGCUGGAAAAUGUUCACCAGCUGGGAUUAUUUGAUUGGCAAUCCUGAAACAGCAGAUAAUAAAUUUGCAUCAAUAACUACUAGCUUUAAGGAAGCCAUUGUGGAGGAACAAGAGAGCCGGAAAGAAGAGAACAUCCACCUGACUCGAUUCCUAAGGGUUCUCGCGAAUUUCUUUGCUUUGUGCACCCUGGCUGGGAGCGGCUAUCUUAUUUACUUCGUCGUGAGACGAUCCCAGAAGUUUGCUCUAGCAGGCAUUGAAAACUACGGAUGGUGGGAGAGGAACGAAGUGAAUAUGGUCAUGUCACUUCUAGGAAUGUUCUGUCCAACUUUAUUUGAUGUCAUCAGCAACCUUGAAAAUUAUCAUCCCCGAAUCGCUUUACGGUGGCAGCUGGGACGCAUCUUCGCUCUUUUUCUGGGCAACUUGUACACCUUCAUUAUUGCUCUCAUGGAUGAAAUCAAUCUCAAGCUGGAUGAAGAGAAGAUUGUAAAACAGAACAUGACAAUCUGGCUAGCUAGUUUGUACAAUGGAACCCUGCCAGAAAACAUCACAACUCCCCCUGUUCAGGUCAACCCUGCAGAUGUUCCCAGAGGUCCUUGUUGGGAAACCAUGGUUGGUCAGGAAUUUGUGCGAUUAACAGUCUCUGACACUGUGACAACCUACAUUACAAUUUUAAUUGGGGAUUUCCUAAAAGCCGUUUUUGUCAGGGUAUUCAAUCACUGCUGGUGUUGGGACUUGGAAUAUGGCUUUCCUUCGUAUUCAGAAUUUGACAUUAGUGGAAAUGUGCUUGGUCUGAUCUUCAAUCAAGGCAUGAUCUGGAUGGGUUCUUUUUAUGCACCAUGUCUUCCUGCUAUCAAUGUUCUCCGCCUCCAUACAUCGAUGUACCUUCAGUGUUGGGCUGUGAUGUGCUGCAAUGUUCCCCAUGAAAGGGUCUUCAAAGCUUCAAGAUCCAACAACUUCUACAUGGCAAUGCUGUUGUUCAUUCUAUUCCUGUCGACCCUGCCCGUUGUCUAUACCAUCGUAUCCAUCCCACCAUCAUUUGACUGUGGUCCAUUCAGUGGUAAAACCAGAAUGUUUGAAGUCAUCGGAGAAACUCUGGAGCAUGAUUUCCCUUCCUGGUUUCAGAAGGUUUUCAGUCUGGUCUCCAACCCUGGUGUGAUCCUACCUUUCAUUCUUCUGAUGGUGCUGAGCAUCUACUAUCUCAAUGCUACAUCCAAAGGAUAUCAGGCUAUGAAUUUGGAGCUCAAGAAGAAAUUGCAAAAUCUAGCUGAAGAAAACAAAAGGAGGAACAAGCAAAAAGCUCAGCAACCACAGGACAACGAAGAAGUCUCUGUUGAGACUCAGAACAAUCCCAAGGGAGCCCAAGAUAAAAACAAAGGAGAGAAGGAGUCUAAGAAGAAGCCACCUCAAGAGCAGCAAGAAAGAUCUGGUGUGGCCAAUGGAAACCUUUCUCCUCCCUGCAAAGGAAGAGAGGGUGGCCCCACACCUCCUCUCCACAUAGCAGUGACACGAGCACCAGAACCUCGAGGCAAAGGCAUGAAUGGACAUUCUGGAAUUCCACCUGGUGGUACUUUUCAGCCAAGGAUGCCAGGACCACCUCAAAAUUACCAAUAAGAAAAACUGUCCAGCAAUAUGUUUCAAUGUAGGCAAUGCUGCAAUUCAAAAAUAAUUACUCUUACUCAAGAGUAAUUAUC